AUGCCAAAAAAACAAACAAACCCUUCUGCCAGCUUUGACCAAAUGAAAACCAGUUUUUUACUACUACUAGUAGUAACUUUCACUUCUUUGGUUUCUGCCAAUUCCAUACCAUGUAUACCCUGGCAGUUUAAUCCUCCAAGCUGUAAGCUGAAUGGGAGUCCAAAGCCCGGGUUCACUGCGAGAUUUUUCCAUCUGCCAAUCAACCAAUGGGUCUACAUGAGAGAUCCAUCGUACUUUGCGAAUGACUAUCGUGAACUGGGUCAGAUCGGCGAAGUGUCUGGUAUUACCAAGCAAAAUUUUGUUAGUACCAUUCCAUGUAUACCAGAAAACGGUAAUCCAACCUUUGAGUGUUACACUCCGUUUUACGAAAACUAUCCUCGUUACAAAUGUGGUGAUGUUCAGUGCUCAAACUCUGUCCGUACCCCUUAUUGGAACAAUCAGAUCUAUGGGUUUCAAACUACUGUCAGUAACGUUACUGUGGAACUCACCGGUUACUUGAAGGCCCCGCAGACCGGUCCUUACACUAUGAUUUUUUCCAACAUCGAUGACGUUGCUUAUUUCUUUGUCGGUUCGGACACUGCCUUCGGCUGUUGUAACCAAGAUGGUGACUUAUCUGAAGUUGACGGUUACACAAUGGGUGUUAUGUACCCAUACGCGAAGCAGGUCACAUUUAACAUGGUUGAGGGUCAGUACUAUCCAAUCAGAAUAGUCUACUCCAAUGCCUGGAUGUCCGGUACUUUCGAAUCGCAACUGCAGCUACCAUUGGGUAACACCAUUUUGAAUUGGGGUAAGUAUGUUUACACCUAUGAAGACAAAACGUGUAAAAACCCGUCAUCCAGUUCUGUUUCUGCUUCGUCGACUAGUUCCUCCAUUUCUACUUCUACAGUUGUGUCUGUUUCUACCUCUGUUUCUGUUAGUUACAGCACUGUUGCCGACUGUGACUGCACCUACACAGAUUCAGAUGGUGUUGUUAAAAGUUACCACACAGAUCUUCCUAUCAAUACCCGUAAAUGA